AAGGCACAAGCACUUACCAUAGCUUUGAAAUGAAUAUAUCAGCAACAAGGGUGUUCCUCUUCGUCUCCAGAGCAAGGGGCUCCCGCUAAAGGUGUCCUGAAAGAAUAAAAACACUCAUGGAAAACCUUUGCAUGGUUGUAAUGACAGAAACCGUGCAUUGUCGUCGACAAGCUCUACCUGGGAAAACAAGGUAAGAUCAUCACGGAGAAUGGUGCCAGACCAGACUGAAGAAAUAUACCACAUCCUGGUCCACUAGCGAGCAGGAAACACCACCUUUGCACUGCCUCACUUUACGUGACCAUUUUUAUGGUCCGGGACAAAAAAAUAUUGACACAAGAAGCACAUUGGGCUGCUGUGAUUUGCAGCUCUCGAGAGACUGUGAGAAUAUUUAGGUUAAAGAAAUGGAGCGGGACGCAGUAGGCGAGACAAAACGUUUAGCUUCAAAUAAGCUCUUUGCGGUCGGAGAUCGACAUCGAUCUCCUCCCGCAACAUCUGUACAAACAGUGGACCUGACGACCGGCUCGCAGGGAUGAAAUUUACCUUGUUCGGGACCUCGUCUUAAGGACCGUGCAAGGAUAGGUGGCUCCAUCUAGAGAUGAUCUCCAACAAACAACUUCUUGCUCAGUUCAAUUGGAAUUGUAGUGACCAAUUAGUUUUGAGUUUUCCUUUAUAUAAACUCACAAUGACAGGGCCCAAUGAUUGCUUGGAGGAACCGAGUCCAUUUCAGGUAUUCGCAUUGACUUUCAGUUGAUUUCCAUGUCAACGUAGUGACACAAACCAGUUGGAGUUGGUUUUAACAAACCAGACCAGAAACAACGAUGCAUAAACUGAACGUCUCUAGAGUAUACUGUAAAACCCAGUGAGCGUCAGCCACCAGAUGGCAUCUUCCACUCCUUAUUUCAAGAAAAAUUUAUCUGAAUUAUCUGAAGCGCAUUUUUUUGAAAUUCUGCAUAUAACUUAAGAACAGAUUAAUGAAGCUUCAAGCAGGGACCAUAAAAGAUGUCCAGGUUGGUGAAUACUAGAUGUACACUGGGCUUCCUCAAGCAUCAGUCUGUUGCCCCCAUGUGGAAAGUAGGCACAUUGCUUCUACUCAAAACACACACACAGAUAAGUGCACACACAUACGCUCAAUUUGUCUGUCGUCAAGCCCCAUAAGCCUAAUUGCCUGCCUGCAGCUCAUUAUCCACAAUUCAGCGGGUGGUUGCAAAGGGAGUUUAAUGCACGUGUCGUGCUAGUUUUUGGUUGAUGUGUGAAAAUCCUGAGAUGAGAGUGUGGGGAGGGAAUCAUUUUUCCAUCUGCCUUGGUCACAAAGUCAGUUGAUGCUCGCGGAAGGUUUUUACAUUAGUAAAAUGAACAAACGUAACCUAAGCUCUAGCAGAUGUGUUUCUGAUUCUUGGCCUCGCUUUUUCCAACCUUUAGUAUGACACGAAAUCCAAUUAGGAACAUGUCAAAUCAAGUACUUUAUCACUAAUGGAGAUUCUCUACAGAGCUUGUGCGGCACAUGUGCCCCCACGAGGGCCAAGGCUGCACGGCAGGGACAGAAGGUGGCGUCUGGCUGCUUGUCUGAGAGUUUAUUAGAGGACCCAGUGUGUCGCUGCCAAGGCGUCCCAGAAUAUCCCUGUUUGCUAAUGCUGGACCUGUGAAGAGGCCUGCUAGGGCACGUGCAUCCCAUUGGAGCCUUUCUAUCCACUGCGUCUAUGUAUCUGAUACCACCUUGAAAAGUUCUGAUUGUUUUAUUUUGCUUCUGUAACACAACAUUAAACAAAGCAUCAGUUAAUUUUCCUUGCAGUGAUUGAGUGGGCACACAGUUCUGCCACACGAAUAAAUACAUUUUUGCAGUCUCAACGGUGAGCAGUUGGGUUUCGCUCUAAUAGCAAAUUUUUGUAAAAGAACUAGAUGUGGAGUUUCUGAUCAAUAAAAACUAGCAAUCUGUUACCUCGCUUGGUACUAAAAUACCGUUUUGUACAUUUGCAAGGAAAAUCAGGUCAUUUUCUCGAACGGGUGCCUGUCUAGUAAUGUUGCUCCAGUAGAGAAUGAUGAUUCACAUUUAGAAUGUCCACAACGUCUAUCAAAUUGGCUGAAGGUAAUGCUUAGAACGUGUGUGUGUGAUCAAAUGCAUUUUUAGAGAGGGCACCAGCGUCUACGGCUAGUGGAGAAACAGAGUAGAGUGCGUCGGAUGGAAAGCAGACGCGGGAUCCCAGAGUGCUUUGACAGAGUGAUGAACGUCUCCCAACAAAUGGGGGAGGCCUUUGGCUUGCCUUCCCUCUUUCUCCAAAGACUGAAGCCCCCCGCCCUACUCUGUUGUCAAUGGAGAACCUAUAGGAAUAUCAUUUAGACAAUUGUCGGCCUUCAGAAUGUGCUGAGAGGAAAGAAUGCAGCGGUGGUGUAAAAAUAUUGAACGUAACUCGAGAUGGACGCGAUCUGCUUCUACUUACCUAACAGCUAUUGCAGCCUCAUUGUUAUUUAAGACUUUUCUGGCUGUCUCAGACUUUCCGAAACUGUUGUCAGAGAGGAUUUAUUCCUGCUUAAGUAUCUGGGUUUUCAUAUGUUUUCUCAAUUUUUUCCCCCCAACUUGUAUUUUUUCCCUCAAAACCACCAAGUGUCUGUCUCAAGGUGAGCACGAUGAUGCUAGCAAAAAAGGUGACCAACAUCGACCUGUUUGCACUUCUUGUUGUUCUCGGACGCUAGUAUCCAUCCAUCCUGGUGACAUGUUUUGAAUUGCUACAACCUGCGGUUGCAGGACAAAGCUGCCCAACCACUGCCAUAUACUGUACCCCCCAGAAAUGUUCUCCUCCUCCUUCUUUCCAGUAGCCAUCGUCCUCUCCUCCUCUUUCCCCCCCGUCUCUCCAUCUCCCCCCUCUGUCUCUAUCCUGUCUCUCUCCUCCCUCUCUGUUCUUUCUUCCUUGUAUUUUUCUCCAGAGACAUCCACUUUUUGAACACCACAGUGUUCUACAACCACUGGCCCUCCAACCCCACGCAGACAGUACGCUGUGAGAGGAGCGCAGAAGCUAUGUUUCCUCUCCGUGUACACCUGUUGGCAGCGCUUGUCAGCCUGGCGCUGUGCCAGUAUGAGGACUACGACUAUGUGCCGCGCUCCUUGAUAGGACCCUCCACUGCUAAUUGUGACCGCGAGUGCGAAUGCCCCAUCAACUUCCCCAGCGCCAUGUAUUGUGACGGCCGCAAGCUCAAGGCUGUGCCAAUGGUGCCCACAGGAAUCAAGUAUCUGUACCUCCAGAAUAACCAGAUCGAUGAGAUCAAGUCUGGCGUGUUUGACAACGUUACCGCCGAUCUCCGCUGGCUGGUCCUCGACAACAACCAGAUCACCAACGGGAAGAUUGCGGCAGGCACCAUUGACAAACUGACCGCCCUGGAGAAACUCUUCUUCAGCCAGAACCUUCUCACUGAACCAGUGAUCCCUCCUUCCAAGGCUCUCGAAGAACUGAAGAUGACUCACAACCAACUGAACAAGUUCCCGUCCGGGCUCCUGAAUGACAAGGAGAAUCUGACCUCUGUAAAUGUGCAGCACAAUGAGCUCACCUCUGAGGCCAUCGCCGGUGCAUUCAAGGGGUCCAAGAGGCUGCUGUCCCUCGACGUGAGCCACAACAAGUUGAAGAAGCUGCCCGUGGGCGUGCCCGCUUCGCUGGAAAUCCUCUACGCUGACUACAACGACAUCGACAGCAUCGGCGCGGGGUACCUGAGCAAGGUGCCGGGUCUGCGCUACCUAAGGGUCUCACACAACAAGCUGGUGGAUUCCGGGCUCCCCGCAGGAGUGUUCAACGUAACGUCGCUGUUGGAGCUGGACCUGUCUUUCAACAAGCUGCAGUCCAUUCCCGAUAUCAACGAGCAACUGGAGCAACUUUACCUCCAAGCCAACGAGAUCAGCAAGUUUGACCUCUCAAGCUUCUGCAAGUACGUCAGCCCCGUCAACUUUUCCCACCUGAAGCACCUGCGCCUGGAUGCUAACCACCUCACAGCCCACAGCAUGCCACCUGAGACCUCCAACUGCCUGCGCAUGGCCUCUGAAAUCAUGUUUGAAUAAGGACCUUACUCCCACCUGUCCUCCACCAAUUAUGGAUUUACAUGUUUUAAUAAUCCUCAACACUCACGCUUUUGUUCUGAUAAAAAAAAAGAGGUAUUGCAGCAUAGUUUUCAAGUACUUAAUAAACACGACAUAGGGAAAAAUGGCAGGACAGAUUAGAGUUGGAAUAGAUACCAAAUAUUUGUAGAUAAAGAAAGCAAGAAAGUCAUUUGAUAGGAAAAAAAAACUUUUAAAAAAUGACAAAAAGUUUCAAGGAGCUGUACCAAAGUUUGCUAACCAGCUUAUGUCGAUCUAAAUAAGAAGGCCAGUUAGCAACUUGCUCGCAUUUAGCUUUGCCUUUAAAAAUAGCCCAAAAACACUUUAAACAUUCCAAUUUGACAGAGACAAGACCGAGUAACGACGACGUUAGAAUCUCCAGCGUCUCUUUAAUAGCUUUGUUUUGUCUUUGUCCUUUAUGUUCCGUGUUUAGCAUGUGUAGUAUCGUGUUUAAUAAAGCCGUUGCUGUGCAAAGGGCCAGCAAGAAAGACUGCGUAUUCAACUGUUUCGUGUAGAAUUCAAUUGUAAAAUACUUGUUCGGUAUAGCGACUCAAUUCUCGAAAAAGUUCAACGUUGGCUCAUGAAACUGCGUCUCACACAUUCGUUGUUGAUUUGUAUCUUUUCCAUUACAUGCAUGAAUUCAAAUGGUGUCAUUGUUUUGAUAAUAAACUACAGCUUUUGCAGUUCUGGCAGUUCUCCAUUGUUGCUCAAGGCAACAUUGUCAUGGAAUAUUACAUCAUGUCUGGAUCUUUUUCUCAUUUUGCAGCCACUUUGAAACGAUCACUGCUCAUGAAUUGAUUGUGAGGAACUCAGUUUGAAUAAACCUUGUUUCCAAUACAUUUGUAUGUAUGGAGCUUUUUGAUAUCAAGUGUGUGAUUGCAUGGAAACGCAUCAGAUAAAUAAUAUUGGAUAUUUAAGAAAAAUUUGGGUUGGGCGC